AUGAAGGAAUGGGCUGAAAAAUACGGUGAUAGUGGUUGCUUCGAAAUUGACAUGUUUGGUAAGAGAAUGGUAGUGGUUUGCAGAGAAGAUCGCGCUGCAGAAGUUUAUGCACAGAGGCCAUUCAAGGUGACACGUACUGCCAAUCUUCGCGCGGCAGUCGAUAGUGUGGGCGGCACAGGAGUGUUUUCUGCUGAAGGGGAGCAAUGGAAGCAAGAGAGGAAGCUGAUAUCCACAACCCUCAACAGAAGUAACAUGAAAGACUACCUCACUAUCCUCAAAGGAACGGCCACAUCAUUGAUUCAGAAAUGGGAGGUUGAUGCCAAGGAAAGCUCUGCCAGUGUUGUAACCGUGAAUCAAGAUUUGACACAUGCACUUGCUGAUAGUGUUGCAAAAGUGUUUAUUGGUCAUGACAUGGGCUGCCUGCGCAAUGAAACGUCAGAUGUGGCAUCAAUGGCCUUUCGAGCCUUCAAGGCAAUGGAAGCUCGGAUGUUCACUCCCAUCAGAUAUUGGAAUAUUCCUUUCAUUGGUCAAGAUAUUGAUGGAUACGGAAAAUAUUUUCGGAAGGGCAUGGCUGCAGUCAGCAAAAUUAUAGAUGCAUUUGAACUGGACCGUGCUUCUGCCCCGACCACACACGACGGAACUCCACAAUCGAAACUAUUCCUUGGAAAAUUAUACGAUGCUAUGGAAAAAGAAAGUUCCAAACUAAGCCGUGAAAGAGUCACUGGAAAUAUCAUGACUGCAUUUGCUGCCGGCACAGAAACCACCAGCUCUACUUUGGCGACCACACUAUUUCUCUUGGCAAGCAAUGUUGAACUCCAAAGCGAGCUAAGAGAUCAUGUCAAGGGCUUUGAUUUGGAUGAAGCGUCCUUUCAUGAUUACUACACAAAACUACCUCUGCUCAAGUCAUUUCUCCACGAGGUCCAUCGUUUCUAUACUUCUCUUAUACAGGGCCUGCAGACAGCUGCUGACAUUCCUUUCUGUGGAACCACUUUGCCAAAAGGUUCCCGGGUCCUUAUUAUUGCUUGGCACGUUACACUUCAGAAAGAAUCUCCUCCCAAAGGUGUCCCAGCAGGCCUUGACAAUGCACCAACUACUGUGUUUUCUCCUCGCAGAUAUCUUGUACCCGUGGAUGACGAUGACUCUGCAGGGGGGCAGAAGUGGAAGUGUGUUGAUCCAAUCACCAAAGGUGCUGCCUUUCUCCCGUUUGGACAUGGCGUGAGAUCAUGUCCUGGCAGGUCCUACAGUGAAAUCCUGUCCUAUUCUGUACUGAUCAAGAUGCUGCAAACCUUUAAAUUUGAACUGGCUCCUGACCAUGCACCAGUGAAGCUUAUUCAUGGAACCGUCACGGCCCCAGACAAAGACAUCCAACUAAAGCUGACCCCGAUCAACGUUUUAAAAGAAGGCCAGUAG